GAUACUCAUCUAAAUACGUUGACGCGCAGCUGCAGAUUGAGGAAAUACGCGGAGUAUGCCAGAAAACGGCCCCCAUUGUUCUGAGAAUGAGAACACCCGGAACGCUUUAUUUCAGCAAGUUGCAGGUUUGGAAACAGAAAUGGCGCAAAUGCGGGCCCUCCUCCUUGAAAAAGAACAGGAACGUCUGCGGCUAUAUUCUAAAAUUAAUUCCCUAUCCCUAUUCGAUCAACUUCCAGCAGAGAUCAAGACUGAAAUAUUCUACAACACUUUGAACAUGUCAACCGGCUGUUACGACUCCAAGGGAGUAACUCCCCUUUUUCUGGGCAAAGUUUGUCGUGGUUGGAGAGAUUUUGUGUGGUCAACUCCAAUCCUUUGGACAACUAUACAUCUACGGCCGUCGACGGAUAACUAUGCGGCCCAAGCCGUUCUUCUCCGUGACUGGCUGUUUAGAACCCGAGAAUACCCCAUCUCCUUUUGUCUUGAUACAGAGGAGUUUCUGAGGACACGCGAUAAUUCUCCGAUGGAAGUUUUGACCCUCUUUGCGUCUGUCUCGGCACGAUGGAGAGAAAUAGAAAUCCCUUUUCCCGACCUUCAAGCUUGCUUUGACAUCAUUUUCACCGCUGAAACAUCCCUACCCCUUCUUACUACUGCUACCGUUCAGCUAGAAGAUGCGGAAGAAGAAGAGUUGAGCCUACUCAUGGCCCCACAACUCUCAGAACUUCAUCUUUAUAGUCCCCUUCUGCACAAGGUGCUAGCUCCAUGGCACCAAUUGCAGGUGUUUCUUGCAAGUCAAUGUUGGGUGGAUGAGAUUCGGCUUUUUCUUCACAAUGCGCCUCAAAUAGUCCGCUGCACCUUUACAGACAUUGAAUCAUCCAUUCUGGAGCAUUCACUGCUAUUCCAUCAGCCGCUCCUGUUGGAACGUCUGCAAUAUCUCGAACUCCAUUUCACGUAUGUGAAUGUUGAAUCAACUUUGAUUUUAGGGCAAGUCAGACUUCCUUCUUUGCGUGAAGUCUCCCUCCACAACCCGGCGCACCCCCGCCAGGACGCUUUCCCGAUUCAAAUUACAAAUCCAUUUCAGUUCUCGCCUCACUUGGAAAAAUUCACUUGGAGUGGCAUGAUGUCUGAUCACAGUGAUUUGAUUCAGGCUUUGAAAAACAUCCCGUCAGUGAAGGAUCUAUCUCUGGACUUCCUCGGUCAUCAACCCUCCAGCAAGUUACUCACUGAAACAUUGCUUCAACGACUCCACUUCCCUCAUGCAGAAAUUCUUCUCCCGAAUCUGCGAAGCUUCACGUACCGUGGCCCCACUUCACUCAGUGAACACAUGCAUCUGUUGCGAGAUGUGCUUGUGUACAGAUUCCGAAAGUGCGCCCUGCGAGCCGCUGAAGUAAACUCAGAACGAACCACUGUAGCGCAAAUCAGGUCGGUGAGCGUGACGAGCUCGUCUGAAUUUGUCGUCAGUCCGGAGAUACAAGAAGAACUGGACAGCCUCGUACAAGCAGGCCUCAAAUUUUCGUUGACUUUCGACCCACUUUAGGAUGAAGUAGCUCUGAAUAACGAAUGGUGUUUCUGUGCC